CAAGAGCAUCGAACUUGUUUUAAGAUUUGGGUCCGUGGUGGCAGCAGGCGAAUGUGGUUGUGGAUGAGGUGAGUCAGCAACGUUCUCUUAUCUCCGUCUGACUCGGCUGGCGUUUUCAUUCUCGUCAAACCAAAGAUAAACAAGGUUACUAAGGUUUACUUCAUCAUUUCGGAGAAGCGACUAGAGAAAAACAAAGAACAUCUAUCUGAUUAGGGUUUUGGAUUGAUGGAUUGCUGUGCCCAAUUCAGCCUCAAAGCCAGCCCCAUCUGCGCUAAGUCGGCGUCUGCGGUGAGAUCUCAAGGUGCAGGGUUUCGAUUCCAGCACCGAUCGUCUUUCAGAAAGUUCGAAUCUUUGGGCCCCUUUCAUCCUCCACCUUUGGGAUUUCAGUGUCUUUCUGAAUUCUGCCAUGGUAAUAGCUUUGCUUGUGCAAGAGCUCCAUCACUGGUUACAACUGCCUGUGCAGAGUCUAAUGAUUAUGCAUCAAGAAGUGUAGGUACACCACUUGAACCACAGACGCCUGAAGGGAAAUUCUUGUGUGGUAUUUUGAAGAAUCAUCCUCAUAUUUUCUCAGUUGCUGCAUCAGAGCAGCUGAAGGAAUUGGCUACAGAUAGGGAUAAUGCCUUGGCGCGCUUGGAACACAGUGCAGGCUCCUCAGAAUCAUGCCUUCAUGGGAGGAUAGCAGAAAUUAAAGAGCUUGAAUGCCAAAUUUCCAUUGAGGAGGUUAUGUACUUGUUAAUCGUCCACAAUUUCUAUGAAAUUAAGGUCUCUAUGAUUCCAAACCUUUCCAAAUGUACCGAUGACGGAAGGCUUGGGAUCUGGUCAUCAAAGGUUCAAGAGCUCGAGUCUAUUCAUGGGCCUGAGAUCCAAGAAAUGAUAAGAGAACAUCUUUCAAAUAUCCUCAGAUGGAAAGGCACGGAUACCAUGUACACACUUAAAAUCAAAAGGUUACAACUGGGUCGGAUCUAUGCUGCUUCAGUAAUGUAUGGUUACUUUCUAAAGUCUGUCAGUUUGAGGUACCACUUGGAGCUCAGUCUUCCUUCAAUGAAUCUACCAACUCCUCUGUUUCAAAAUAAUCAAAACGAGGAGAAUUUGGUCGCGCUUAGAUACUCUGAUGAGCUAAGGGGUUAUAUGAUGAGCUUUGAUUCAAAGACACUGCAACUAUGUGCAAAGCUGAGAUCUCAAGAAGCAGCUAACUUAAUUGAGAAACACACCGCAGCUUUAUUUGGUUAUCCUGACAAAUACGAUGGUAAUGGUGGUGAGGUCAUCACGGUUUCAGAUUUGGGAUUGAGAAGGUUGGUGAUGGAGGCGCUGGCAUUUGGGACUUUUCUAUGGGAUGUGGAAAGAUAUGUUGAUUCUGUGUACAGAUUGAAGGAGAACUGAAAAAUUUAUGUAGUUACGGAAAAAGAGUGCAAUGUAACAUAAACUUUGGUGUUUGUUAAAUAUGACGGUGAAAUUUCUUGGUCACAACUAA